GAGGGCAUCCGGGAAGACAUCACAGAACAGCGGGCAACUCUCUGGGAGAAGAUCGAAGGUUUCUUUGGAUCCAUGCACAAAUAUGUCCACGUCAGUGUGAAGCGCGGGAACGACUACGGUUUGCAGAGCCACUUCUGUGUCGACAAGGAGCUUUGGAAUGACGACACCGUGGUGUCUUGCGACUGUUGCAUGGACCACUUGAUCGGCGACCCGCUUUCUCAAUCAGCCCUCGUGUACAAGAGCUCCCAGGAGGAGGCGCCUGCAUUCGAACGCUAUGCAGAUGGCAGCACUCGACAGGUCGGCAUGGUCAAGGUUUGGAGCCUUGGAGCUUCGCAGACCUACACUAUGCCAGCCAUGCAAACCUACGCGGCUGAGCCCGCGAUCACUAUGCCGGCCGAAGCCAUGUCAUCCGAAAUGGCGGCUUACAGCGGAUACGCCGUGCAAACUAUGCCAGCAUCGCAAGUUUACACGAUGCCCGCUUCGCAAACGUACACUAUGCCAGCGGCGCAAACGUACACUAUGCCGGCUCCGCAAACAUACACUCUGCCCACUGCGCCGCAAGUCAUGAGCGGCUUGGACCACACCAAGGGCAAGUGGUUUGCACCCGGCGAGGCGCUUCCCCCAGGCUUCGUGGUGACCGCCCACCCGGAGGGCCACACAGCACCCCAGGCAACCCACGACAUGACGGACAUGGCUCGCGAGAGCUUUGUGAUGACCGGCUCCGCCGUCAGCUCUGCCUUGCCCAAGGCCGCCGCCCCGACGAAGAAGAGCAAGAAGGGCAAGAAGAAGAAGUCCAGCGGCCGCAUCCCGGCAGUGCUUUGCGAUCGCGGUCGCUUGGUCUGCCACUGCGAGGAUCCUGUUCGAGGCUGGGCGGAGUUUGAGCCCGCGUGCCGGCGUGGACAUCCAUGCCAGCCUCCGGAGGAAGUCGUUGAGGGUGUCAGCGUCGGCUACGAUGCACAGGCGCAGGACAGCAGUGUCAACGCUUCCAUGCUGGAGAUGGAUACAGUUGAGGGUGAGGCACAGCCGCUGACCAGCUGCUCCAUCGGCCGCAUCCCCCUGGGUAGUGCCUUCUGCGAGGACUUCACCGUGGACCAGUGUGAGAAAGUGUACUCACGGACGAAGCAGGGCAUCCACCAUCUUUGUGCCGUCGACCAGAAGACCUUCAGACACUGCGGGGCCACCUUGAUCUCCGAGGACGAGGCUCGGAAGCGCACAGAGGAAGCUCGCUCCUGGGCCAUCCAGAACUUUUACUCGCCUGAGCUUGACUGGAAAGUCUUGACGGUGAACUUCACCACGAGGGUCAUCGAGGACCCUCUGCCACCUGCAGACAUCUUCGAGGCCAAGGUCCGGGAGAGGAUGGAUGCACAGGGAACUCUCGAGAAGCUCAUGGUGCACUCCAAUGCACUGUGCCACACGGACAUCUACACGCUUUCGGGCCAGGACCCCGAGGGACUCUUCCCCAGCAUCCUCGGUCACGAGGCCGGCACCGAGGUGGAGAGCGUGGGCGAGGGUGUGGUAGGCCUGAAGCCUGGAGACAAGGUGAUACCGUGCUACACUCCGCAGUGUGGAGAGCCGGAUUGCAUUUUCUGCUUUCCGCCUCGAGGCAAGCGUACCAACCUUUGCCCAAAGAUCCGUGGCACUCAGGGAGGAGGGGUUAUGCCAGACGGCACCAGCCGGUUCACCGAUGAGAGCGGCAAGGAGAUCAAGCUCGAGGCCUGGCUGGAGUUGGCCGUGACUCCUUCGGAGGAGGAGUGCGGAGAAGACAGGGAUCUCCUAAGCUGCCCGGAUGACCUGAAGCGCCUUCGGCAGAGGUGUAAGGCUGUUCGUGGCGAGCUCGGCGCCGCCCUGCCGCGACAGCGUGGGGAGCAUUUGAGAGUGGAGGCCUCGGGCCUGGGCCCUGGUGCUGGACUUGGCCUCUUUGCUGCUGAAGCACUCGAGGCAGGGGCCGUGGUGGCCCAGUACUCGGGUGACCUUCAUGACCUCAGGACCUCUCGAGCUCUGGAGGACCAGGCCUAUGUCAUGCGACUGGGCCCUACUGGCCCUAGCAAGGACGAGAUCGCCAGCGGUUGCAUCUACGUGGACGCGGGUCCUCACAAGGAGCUUUGGGCGAGAUACAUCAACGACUGCCGGAACCCACGAGGGUACAACCUGGAGUUGGUUUGCCGGCCUGAGAAGCACUUUGCGGAGCUCUACGCAAGCCGUCCUAUUGCACAGGGCGAGGAGCUUUUCUUUGACUAUGGUGAGAAGUACUGGGACGAUCGCAUUUCGCUGGGUGGACUACCUCCGGCGGUGCUGGAGGAGCUUCCCGAGACCGAUUCGUUUGAUUCGUUUGACGAAGGCCAGAAAGACAGGCAUUUUAUGGGCUGCUCCACCUUCUCUGAGUACACCGUGGUGGCCGACAUCUCCUGUGCCAAGGUGUCGGAGACCGCCCCGCUGGAUGUUUGCUCGCUGUUGGGCUGUGGCGUCUCGACGGGAUUGGGCGCAGUGUGGAACACCUUGGACGUAGAGGGUGGCUCCAGCGUGGCCGUCUUUGGUCUUGGAGCUGUGGGCUUGGCAGUUAUUCAAGGUUCCCACAUGAGGGGCGCAUCCCGCAUUUUCGCCAUCGACACGAAUCCAAAGAAGUUCGAAAUUGCCAAGGAUCUUGGAGCCACGGACUGUGUCAAUCCCAAGGAUUACGACAAGCCUAUCCAGCAGGUCUUGGUCGGGAUGACGAAGUGGGGAAUCGACUACACAUUUGACUGCACCGGCAACACAGAGGUGAUGCGUGCAGCGCUCGAGAGCGCGCACCGUGGCUGGGGCGAGUCCUGUAUCAUUGGCGUGGCGGCCGCUGGGAAGGAGAUCAGUACUCGGCCUUUCCAGCUUGUCACGGGUCGGAAGUGGACUGGCACGGCCUUUGGCGGCUUCAAGGGGCGAUCCGAGGUGCCGCCUUUGAUCGAUGCCUAUGAGGCCGGGAAGCUGAAGCUGGAUCACUACAUUACGCACCGCUUUGAGGGUGUAGAAGGCAACCUGAAGGCAAUCGAUGCACUGCACUCUGGCGAAUGCCUCCGCGCAGCCUGGCUCUCAGCAAGUCUACACUCCCCACGGAAGAUGUCUGUAACUGCCUGCGAGUUUUGA